AUGUCUCAACUCAUGGUUCGAAGCUAUUCAUUCCUCCUGUUGAUGAUGCUCUUGAGUGCAGUAUUGAUGAUGUUCAUCUCAGCAGCAUCACCAAUGAAUGCUCAAUCCACCAGAGCAUCCAAUGUUCUUUCAUUAUUGAAUGAAAAGAAGGAACAAUUAGAGAAGGUAAAUAAUGGCUUGUCGGAAACGAGCUUGUUGAUGAUUGCAAGCAAGAGGGAACAAUCUUCCCCUCUCUACACUGCCUACAGUGAGGAAAAGAAUAGAAUUUAUAAUUUCAACUUCCUUCAAAAAUUAUACAAUUCAUCGAUCAAUGAAUCAACAACCUCAACAACAAGUGAAGCAGAUUUGAAAAAGCAGAUGAAACUUGAGCAAGAAGCUGCUGCUGUCAAGAAAGUAGAACAAGAAAGAAAAUUGAAAGAGGAACAGGAAAAGAAGAUUAAGGAAGAACAAGAAAAGAAACUGAAAUUAGAACAAGAAGCUACUGUUGUUGCUGCCAAGAAAGCAGAACAAGAAAAGAAGAUUAAGGAAGAACAAGAGAGAAAACUCAAAGCUGCUGAAGAAGAAGAAAGAAAGUUGAAAGAAGAAGCUGCUAAAAAAGCUGAACAAGAGAAAAAACUGAAAGAAGAACAAGAAAAGAAAUUGAAAUUAGAACAAGAAGCUGCUGCUGUCAAGAAAGCAGAACAAGAAAGAAUUCAAAAGGAAGAGCAAGCGAGAAAAGCACUCGAACUUGAAAGAAAGGCAGAACAAGAAAGAAAGGCCAAGGAAGAAAAAAGAAUCCAAGAAGAAAGAGAUAGAUUAAUCCCAACUAUUGGUGAAUUGGUCGAUUCUGAUUUAUUGACACCUUCUCAAUCUGAAAGAUUUAUGAAAGAAAUCAUGAAAGGAGUCAACCAACAAUUACCUCACAGAAUUUGGAAAGCCAAGAAGCACGGCUCAUCAAUUGCUAAUUUCCAUGCUACAUGUGAUAACAUGGGACCAACCAUUGUGUUGGCCAAGACUAGAAAUGGAGCUGUAUUUGGAGCCUAUUCAAAGAUUUCAUAUUCCCUAUCAGGUGAUUAUGUUUCUGAUCCAGCUGCUUUUAUGUUUAGUUUGAUUUCGGCUGAGGGAGAACAAAGAUUUGUCAAGUUGACCCAAACACCACAAAUUGUUGAUGGAAAACAAACUUAUCCAACUUCAAAGAUUCAUAACGCAAAUCAUUUGAUUACUUUUGGAGGUGGUUAUGACUUGCUCAUAUCAGACAAUACUGUUAGCUUGAGUUCUUCCCUUGUUUGUCAUACUUAUUGUGCUCCACAAGUUACAAAUCCAAAGACUUACCUUGCUGGUGAAAGAACAUUUAUGAUUGACGAUUUUGAAGUUUAUAGAGUUUAA